AUGCAAGCAGCUGCGACAUCCUCACCGCCUCUUUCGCCCAUGGAAAGCAAGCAAAACACAACGGACAGCUGGGAAACCUGGCCACCGCCUGCUUUUGCCAUGCUGAGUUCCCGCGCAGCAGGACCCAUCCAAUCCCUCCCUCCCUCCAUCAUCACCAUCGGCCGACCUAGCAAGGAAGGGCAAGGGGGAAAGAGAUCCACUUGUGACGCUGCCUGGCCGGACUUGAAGCAUUUCGUCCCCUUGUUCCUCCAACCUCGAACUCCCUCUUACGUCUAG